GGUGAUUUGAGUUUUUGUUCUGUAACGCUUUAAUUAAUUCAUCUAAUUACUUCUGUUGUUGUCUCAUUUCACUUCCAGCAUUUGGCCAUCCAGUUCUGUGUAAACUUUGAUAAUUCUUACACACCAAUGACAAUCCUGUGAUUUCUGACUCAUUCUACUCACAUUUUCACCAACUUAAUCAGUUUAUUUUUCCGGAAGUUGCGAUUUUAGACACUCCCAGUUUUGCCAGGUGAUAGCAUGUAGUUAAUACUACAGUUACAUGUCAGGUAUUUGGUGUUUGUCGAUAGGAGACACGUGACCUAGGUUAUUCGUCAGUUGAUACUCGUCUGCGAAGCAUAGCUGUAGUCUUCGCGGAACCAUUUUAACAGUAAAAUGCCUACAGCUGAGUGGCAAAUACAACCUGAUUGGUGUAAUCUCAACAUUCGAAGGAUUUGGGAAACUUGAUAUUCUUAAUCAGUCGGUGACCAAUCAAUAGUAAUAAUGAUGACUUGUGCAACAAAAUGUAGAUCGAUAGAAGAACCUAAUAUGUCCCGUUUGUAACGUUUGCUGCAGUAUCUUCAGCCUCCGUGUUGUGUGUUAAGGUUUCAGAAAAAGUUUGGGACCACAUAAUUCCGUAACAUAGACAUUCUGGAUGCCUAUUACAAUCUAUGGCUCGAAGGACAACAAUUCGUCAUGCUGUUUUUUCACACCACCGACUUACAACCCGAUCUAGUUAAUCCUCUUCGCGUUCCACACUAGUUAACUAGUUUCAAAAGAAACAACGAGUUUGGUCAGGAUACAUACUUCAUGUACCACUUACCAAUACUCCCGGCGUUAACCUAUCUUAUUUUGAGGAGGCUAGAAACUCGCAAAAUUCAAGUCGUAGCCAACUGACAAUUAUUUCUGUUGAGAAAAUAAUCAAUAAACACCUAUGUAGUUGCGUCACAAAUUGUCGCUACACUUUAGAAGUGAAGUCCGUUUCGCUCAGCUAGAUUAAUAUGUAGGAUACAUUAGUGAUCACGUCGUUGAAUAUUUACAUCCAUAUAUAUACAUCUAUACAUCUAAACUCCUCUCAGUAGCAUUCUAUCAUUAGGAUAGCACUUUGUGGUCAGAUUAACAUUGAUAGUACAGUUGAUACCUUUCUCUACUUACUUACCUUUAUAAUCACUCAGUUGUAGACUGGUGGUUAGUGGUAAAGGCAUUCGAAUUUCAGCCCCUAGGUUCUACGUCCGAAUUCUCCUCUACUCAUUUCAGUUUGGGCAACCGGGUACUAUCACUAGCCUUAAUACCUGGUGUGUAGUUUACACCCAAAUACCUUAUGAACGAGUUGUUUUCUUAUAUUUUUUAUUAGUCAUCCGCUUUAAGGAGCAGUUCGGCUGGCCUCCAGCUACCCUACGACUGCCCACCUUUUCCAAUCACCCUGAAUAGAACAUUGCAUCAACCAUAUAUUCACCAUUCGUCAGGUUCUAGAACAUAGGCACGCUUAUCAGCGUCCGACAAUGAUAGUUUUUCUUGACUUAAAAGAAGCAUUUAACUCUGUAGACCGAGAGGUUUUAUGGCAGUGUCUGCCAUUGAAAGGUGUACCUCAGAAGUACAUAAACCCUGUGAGGUCUCUCUACUCGAACACCACCAGUCGAGUCAGAGCUUAUGGCAAACUGUCAUCUGAUUUUUAAACCUUAAGUGGUGUCUAAGAAGGUUGUCCACUAUUUCCAUUUUUGUUUAGUUUCAUCAUAGACCUACUGCUGAAAACAACGUUCUCGUCAGCUGAAUUUUCAGGAAUUGAUCUCCUAUCAGGAGGUCCCCCUACCGAUUUAGAAUACACAGAUGACAGUCUUGUUUGGUGUAGACGCUGAUAAAAUGCAGUUUUUUGAUAGCACUGAGCAACAAUGUCGGGAUGUUUGAGAUGUGUUUCUCCCUCUCGAGAUGCAAGUUGCUGCUUCAGGACUGAUCUGCGUCAACACCUGAACUAAUGAUAGGGAGUGAAGUAGUCGAACGCGUCGACAACAUCACUUAUCUUGGUAGUCUGGUCAGCCCUAAUGGGUUUGGUGUCUGACGAAAUCUCUGCACGCUUUUGAAAGGCUAGUUUGGCUUUUGCCAACUUACGUUACUUGUAGCGAAGGCGAGAUAUCCAUCCAUCAGUUUGUUCUGUUCUACUUUACGGCUGCGAAACGUGGCCAUUAAGAGUAGAAGAUACUCGUAAAUUGAUAGUAUUUGAUCACAGAUGUUUUAGAAAUAUUGCUGACAUCUGGGAUCACCGGGUGGGUAAUGGUGAUGUUAGAUACAGGGUAUUAAGGAAUGAUGAUAAGUCAGUUGAUAAAAUUGUGAAUCUACAUCGACUGAGAUGGUUGGAGCACGUAUUAUACAUACCCAACCACCGGUUACCAUGACGUGCAAUGGUGACUAGUGUUGGAGAUGGUCGGAAGAAAGUUAGAGCUGGCCAAACCAAAACAUGGGAUCAGUGCUUGAAGUCACUAACUUCUAGUCUGAGCCAUGUCGGUAGAUGCAGACUACUUGGUUGGUGUCCGCGUAAAUAUCGUAAGGAGUGAUCGGAGACUCUUAGUGACAUGGCUCAAAAUCGUUUGCAAUGGCGCAGGUGCAUCCACUCUCUGUGUUCUCCCAGAUUCUAAUCUUCUGAAUUCUCCAUGUCCCUUUUUUCCUCUUUCCAAAUUUAUUUCACUGGAUUAUACUCUUUAAAUAACAUCUCCAAACCCUAAUCUUCCCUAUUACUGCUUAUACUCUUGCUACCUCUACCACUAUGGGAUUUGAAUCGACAACUGCAUCUCUGUGCUAAGGUGGUGUGGGAACUCGAACUGAUGUACGUACGUAUGAAGUUCUACGUUGUUACUGACUGACUGACUGGAUCAGAAUCGAUCACAAUGGCGUCGGUGUAUACACUAUCUGUGUUCCCUUAAACUAAAAGAUUAAAAUCGCUUCAUAUCUUUCAUUCUAUUAACUAAUUCCUUCUUCCUGUACUAUAUCCUUAUAUACAAUCUUUCUUUUAUAUAUUACCACCUCUGAAUUAACUACUUUUAUGAAUCCGGUGUUCAUCUUGUUGUGUUAAUGAGGUAUUGUAACUUGAAUCGAUGCAUAUAUGUGCCUUAUCCUACAUUGUAGCUGACUGACUGACAUUCAUUCGCUUAGAGUUAGUGUUGACUAAUAUUUAUUGCUAUGUACAUAUACUCUGUGCUAAAUAAAUCUUCGGCUCAUGUUUUCUGUUCCAUGCGAUCGCAUUUAUGCUUUGGAUAUCUCCUCAUAUCUAGAAGCUAACUUCAAACCUUCUAGUUUUUGGUUGUUGCAGUUUUAUCUGAGAUGUUUAUACUGUUAGUGUCGGAUAUCAUUGUUUCUAAUUCUUUUAUGUGUAUUGUAAACAGUUAUCAUCUCGUUUCAGUGAUAACUGCACUUGUAUCUAUUUAUAUAUUUAGUUACUGAAUCCAGUUUUUCUUUCGUCUUCCAGAUUUCUGUGCUAACUAAAACCCCAUAGCAACACACUUUCAAACUGCCUUAGCGGCAUAAUUGCUGACAAGAAGGAGGCUUAUUAGUACCUAACCGUUGCAGGACACAUUUCUCAGAUUAUGUCUUCUCUUUUGGACUCUGAAGCUUCUGAGGCCUCUGAACUUUCCGACUUGGAUGACGACGAUAUAGUGAAGAAGAAACUGGACAAGCGGCCUGCCCUCGAUGAUCCAGAUUCCAGUGAUAGCGACGAAGAAGAAGAAGAUUUAGCUAAUGAGGAAGAAAUCUGUCGGAAAGAAGGCGAAGGCUGGAUUGUGGAUGAGGAAGAAGACGAAGGUGGUGCAUCCGAAGGCUCUGAUGGAGAUGAUGCUGAGGAAAUUGGGGACGAAGGAGACAAGGAUGAUGACGACGACGCUUUGGAUGAUGAUGAUUUUCAACUCAUCCAAGAAAAUGUUGGUAUCAAUUUGAAGAAACAGAAAAAACGAAGAUUGGUGCUUGACGAUGACGAUGAAGCAGAUGAAGAUGAAGUUGUAUCCAAGAAAGCAACCUAUGAAGAGGAUAGAGGAAGAGAAGCUAUUGCACGUCAAAUCUUUGAAGACGAGGAUGAAGAAUUUGAUGAAGACAGAGUUGUUCGUAGCAGGCCAACUGAUUUUGGUGUGUCAGUUGGUGAUGAAGAAGAGGAGGAAGAUGAGGACGACAUGGGGGACUUUAUCGUGGAUGAUAGGACGGGUGCUCCACCCACAAGACCUUCCAAGCGUAUAGUACAUAAAGAUGCAGCACUCCAACAAGCUCAAAAUAUUUUCGGUGUUGAUUUUGACUUAUCGGAGUUCGAAGCAUUCCGAAAAUCGCGGGUUGGAGGCGAUGACUACAGUGACGAGUCAGAAUAUGAAUAUUCAGACGAAGAGGAAGGCUCUAAAGCUAGACGAUCAAAACACCGCCGGGCACCUUCGAAUCUGGUCAUGGAUGAUCGUGUUUACGAACUUUUUGAUCCUAGUGAUCUUGAAAGAGCCUACUACAGCCAGGCAGAUGAACGCAUUCGAAAAACUGAUGUUCCAGAACGCUUUCAACUUCGUCAGGUUCCCGUUAAGUACAUUGAUUCCUGUUCAGCAACAUAUACUCAAGAUCUGCAGGAACUUUCUGAUGAAGCCGAGUGGAUCUAUCGUCAUGCUUUCAAAGAAGAUGCGGAAUAUAAGCCUCCUGGAGUUAUACCUAAAAUUCUCGAGUCCCUAAAACUUAUGAGGGAGUUUUUGUUUGAGGUCCCUUUUAUUGCAUUUUACCGGAAAGAAUGCAUAGAAAAGGACCUGAAUAUCAAAGACCUUUGGAGAAUAUAUCAAAUGGACGAAAAAUGGACCAUUUUGCAUCAACGCAAAAGAAAUAUGAUUAAUCUUCUUCAACGCUUGUCAGAUUAUUUUGAGGCUCUCACCACAGAAGAUGCGGUCAGUUCACUAAAGAAACAUUGUUCUUCGGUACUGAAAUUAAUUGCAUGUGCUCGUAGCGCAGAUUCUUUAGAGGAGCUGUUCGACGUCCGGUUGAAUUAUCUGCUUCACUUUUCCGGAUAUGUCGAACCAAUGAACCGUUGGUAUGCGCGUCAGAAAAAGGGAGGCGAGGGGGAACAAUCUGAAGAACAAGAAUACGAUGAAACAAAUGUUGAAAAAGCUAUCCCGAUUACAACAACUAUCGACCCAAUAACUGGACGAUCUAUUCGUCAGAGACAGGCUCGUGCAACUGCUUCAUAUGAGGUGGCCAAACGAGCUGGUAUAGGUGAUCUUGUACAAAGAUUUGGUCUUUCGGCGUCUCAGUUUGCUGAAAAUGUUCAGGACCAGUAUCUUCGCCAUGAUGUUGACCAAUGCCCUAUGUUACCUAUUGAUGCAGCUGGUGACUUUCUGUCCCCACAGUUUCCUAAUUCUGAGUUAGCACUGUCUGCAGCUCGUUAUAUGCUUGCAUUUGAAAUUUCUCGUGAGCCACUUGUUAGAAAAAUGAUGCGCCAAAUGUUUAAUCUACAAGCUGUAAUCAGUAUGCGUCCUACUGAGAGAGGGGCUAAACAUAUAGACGAGUCUCAUCCACUUUUUCAAAUUAAAUAUCUUUCUAACAAACCAGUUGCUGAUUUGAUGGGUAAUGCACUUUUCCUUCACAUACAUAAUGCUGAACGUGACAAACUAGUGCAAUAUGAAAUUCAUGUGCCAACCGAACAAAUUCGAGGUUUAUCGUUAGUAGAUGAGCUUCAACGUUUCUUUUAUCAAGACGAAUUUAGUUCAUUGGUUCAAGCAUGGAAUGAACAACGUAAUCUAGUUCUUAAACAGGCUGCUGAGGAAUUUAUUUUCCCUGGACUUGUACGUGAAUUACGACAGAAGUUACUCAAUGAAAGUCAACAAGCUGUACUGAGAAUGUGUGCCAAAAAGUUGUUUAAUUACCUUCGGAUAGGUCCCUAUCCUCCUGAUGGACAUCGUUCGUAUGAAAUGGAUACAGAAGAAACUGCUUCUUCUUUUGUCAAUAAUCGUCACAAAUCAGAUUUUCAUACUAGCGGAGACAUUGAUUCCCGUUCUAGUGGAGCUGUUUGGCCAAAGGGAGCUCGUGUUUUGGCUCUUGCACUAAAAAACGAGGAUGAUAGUCGGAAGUCAAUGGUGACUGCUGUUCAACUAGACUGUAAUGGUGAGGUUGUUGAUUUUCUUCAUUUCCAUGGUCUUUUGGUAUCUCGUCGUGCUCCAGAAGAAAUGAAAAAAAUUAAGGAAGAAGAUAUGCAACGCCUUUCAACAUUUAUGGUAAAACACAAACCUCAAGUUUGCGUCAUCGGGUGCGAUUGCAGAAAGGCCUUGUUUUUGCAAGAAGACAUUCAACAUCUUGUAAACGAAUUAGCGAAUGAGAGACGUCUACCCCGUAUUCAUGUUGAAUUGAUGGAAACAGAACUCUCUAUUGUUUUUGCUCUUUCUUCUCGUGCCUCAUUUGAUUUACCUAUAUCGUACCCUUUACUUCUUCGUCAAGCUAUCUCUUUAGGAAGGCGUCUGCAGGACCCCUUAUUUGAAUUCGCUCAACUAGUAACUAUUGAGAAUGAAAUUCUUGGUAUCAGAUGGCAUCCACUACAAGAUUCUCUUCCUCGUGAUAUGUUACUUCGGGCAUUAGAGAUAGAAUUCAUUAAUCGAGUGAACGAGGUUGGAGUUGAUGUGAAUCGUUGUUUGUCUCACCCACAUACUGCUGGAGUUAUUCAGUUUAUUUCAGGACUUGGACCUCGCAAGGGCCUACACAUGCUAAAGAUUCUAAAGCAUAAAAAAACUCAUCUAACCAAUCGUAUGCAAUUAGUAACAAUGAUUGAAUUCGGUCCACGGGUUGUGAUUAAUUGUGCUGGUUUCAUCAAAAUUGAUACUUCAUCGGUACGUGAUUUAGAUGCAGAUGAUGUAGAUUUACUGGAUUCUACUAGAGUGCAUCCUGAAAGUUAUGAUUUAGCGAAAAAAAUGGCUGUCGAUGCUCUGGAAUAUGAUGAUACUGAGGAAUGUGAUCCAACAGUUGCGUUGGAAGAGAUAGUACACAGCCCUGCACGUUUACGUGAACUUGAUUUAGAUGCUUUCGCAGACGAAUUAAAACGACAAGAACAUGGAGAUAAACAUAUCACCUUGUAUGAUAUUCGAAAAGAAUUGAAUAAUCGUUAUCGAGAUUAUCGAGAAGCAUAUCAAUCUGCUAAUCCAGAAAGUAUUUUCAGUAUGGUCACACAUGAGACACCUGAAACUUUACAUGUUGGUCGUUUAGUUGAAUGUCGUGUGUUAUCUGUUGCUACUAGACGACCACGGCCUGAACAAUUAGACAAUGCAAAUCCAACUAAAAAUGAAAUUAAUGGUUUAUGGAUGUGCCCAUUUUGUCAACAAGAUAACUUCCAACUACUCAAUCACGUUUGGAGUCAUUUUGAUAAUAAUGAAUGUCCUGGGCAACCAGUUGGAUUAAGAGUUCAAUUAGACAAUGGAAUUGAUGGAUUUAUACCAUUAAAGUUUAUGGAUUCCCCAGAUAAAUUAUUUGAACGAACUCAACCGGGUUCUCUUGUACAAUGUCGGGUAACUAAAAUCGACAUAACACGAUUUAAUGUGGAGCUCACUUGCAAGUCAGCGGAAUUGAAGGAUGAACGUCAUAUAUGGCGUCCACGUCAAGAUGCUUUUUAUGAUUUUGAAAAAGAAGAAAAAGAUCUACGUUCUGAAGCGGAGGCAAUGGCUAAAGCUAAGGCUAAAACUAAUCCAUACAUGUCUCGUUUGAUAUUUCAUCCAUAUUUUAAAAAUAUUAGCUAUGAUCAGUUGGCUGCAAUGGAGCCGGAAUUAGAGCCUGGUGCAAUUAUUAUUCGUCCAAGUAGAAAGGGAACGGAUCAUCUGACUGUAAGCUGGAAGAUAGAUGACGGAAUUAUGCAACAUAUUGAUGUUUCCGAAAAGGAAAAAUCGAAUAGUUUUUCACUGGGAAAACUUUUAAUUAUUGGUGAUGAAGAAUUUGAAGACUUAGAUGAAAUUGUGGCACGUCAUGUACAACCCAUGGCGUCUCUUGUUCGUGAUGUAAUGACCUACAAAUAUUACCGUGAUUCUUCGGGUGGUGAUCGUGCUCACCUUAAUGCUUUACUUCAACAUGAAAAGAGCCUUAAUCCGGAUCGCAUUCCUUAUUUUUUGAGUUCAACAAAAGAACGUCCUGGUUAUUUCAUUCUUGCGUAUUUACCCAAUAAGAAUCCACAUUUUGAAUUAUUUAGCAUACGACCCGAAGGUUUCAAGUUUCGCCAGUUAAUAUUCCCAACUCUCGACCGAAUGAUUACUUGGUUCAAAGAACACUAUAAUGACGCUGUAAAUUACUAUCGCGGCUGAAUCGGUCUAUUCUCAGGAUACUUUGUUUCUAGUCUACAUUUCUUUAUUGCUGAAUUCAGUUUCACAUAAAUAUUAAUUUUUAUCAAAAUCCCACUUAAAGCUUGACCUAUUUCAACUUUUAGUUUUUAUUACGAAAUAUUAACACUUGUAAAUAUCCCUAAGUAAUGUUCACAACUUUCCACAAUGUUACCGUAUUGUUUUUUCGUAUAUGUACAACUGAAUUAAAAUGAGUACAAAGAAAUUAAAUAGACGAAGUUGAAUUUAUAUAUUUUGAUACAAGAUGUACAACUAACAAAUAUUCGUAUUUUCCUUUAGAACUGUUAAACGUUAACUGAUUACCAGAAUAUUAAAUAUCACUGUAAACUACCUUGUUUCAUGAAGACUAGGUGUCCUUAUCAUCAAAUGUCGAUAAUUGUAUUACGAAGUCGCGAUACAUAAUCUUCCCUUUUGAUAAAUCCGUUGCGGCUGCGAGCAUCUCCUCUAUUUCCUCUUUUGUAAAUGGUUCUCCUAAAAAUACAUAUUACGAUAACAUUAUCUUUACCUGAAGAAACCAUAUAAGAUUCCAAAGCGUCAGCACUUAGGAAUCCUUUCUUCUCUGAGUCGAGGAUUAAGAAGGCUUUCAAUAAAUCUUCUUCAGGUGCAGGUUCGAAUCUGUAAGCGGUUCAACAUACCAGUCAUUUGUUACUUUACCUUUUCUGUUCCAUUGCUUGCAUCAUCACUGGGAGGAAUUUGUCAUAAUUAAUAUAACCAUUUGGUGGGUC